AUGUCAUCCACUGAAUCGGUGUUUAGCCAAGCCUAUUUAGAUGAGACCAAUACAAGAUCUUUGAUAAUCACAUGCAUCGUCUUUAUUAUAUUAGAUACUCUUUUUCUCGCGCUCAGGUUCUUGUCUCGAUACUACCAAAAAGCUGGAUUUGGCUGGGAAGAUGUGCUCAUGAUUGCGGGAUGGCUCACUUGCUUGGGUCUUUGCAUCGAUGGCUUGAUCGCUCCAUCCCUAGGUGUCGGUACACGGUUUGAAAAGGUGAUUCAGGUUAUGCCAGAAAAGAUUACUUCAUGGGGAUGGAAUGGAUUUUACACCAUCCCAAUACUUUACUGCUUUGCGGUAUCGUUUCCAAAGAUGUCAGUUUUGGUACUCUAUCUGCGUAUUUUCGUGGAUCGGUUCACAAAAGCUUGCUGCUGGACAGUUCUUGCUGUUAUAUCAUUGAGUGCUGUGGUGAAUACCUUCACAGUUGGCUUUCAGUGUGGUAAACAUCCUACCGCUGCCUGGGUUUCUACCAUACCUGGAGCUCACUGCAAUAAUAUUCAGGCUCAUCUUACAUACAGUGGUCUUCCCAACAUUCUUACGGAUGUUGCAAUGCUCAUAUUACCUAUUCCGGUUUUACGAAAGCUUCAUGUCGCCGAUCAUGUAAAGAUAGGUAUUAUAUUUACCUUCUUGGUAGCAAGCGCUGGUCUUGUGACAGCAAUCAUUCGAUUCGUUCAAUUCUUCUUAAACACAUAUGCAAGCGACCCAACUUAUAACGCGGCCCCAUUAAUCAUGUGGGUUGUGAUCGAGACAAGUAUUUACCUCAUCUCAGGGUGCCUUCUGUCUUGCAAACAAGUUCUUUCGAGGUUCAUCAACAACAGAUACAUCCUUUCAAUAUAUACUUGGUUCCGGAGCACUACUUCUCGCUCUCGCACCGGUCAGUCAAGCAACCAGUACGAAUCAAACAAUCCAGGUGACCCACCUCCCAGGCGGGGAGGAAAUAGCGCAAAAGCUUUCGCUGCAGAAGGGAAUUAUUACAGGUUGGAGCCGACUGUGCUGGGUGAGGAUCAUAUAUAA